AUGUUCAGGACGGCGCUUCGAACGAGCGCCCGCGCCGCCGGUGCGCUCUCCUCCACCAGCAGGAUCUCUGCGCAACGAGCAACACCCGCCAUCACCACCUCCAUCAACCGCACCUAUGCCGCCGACGCAAAGGCUGCGCCCACCGAGGUCUCCUCCAUCCUCGAGCAGCGAAUCCGCGGUGUGCAGGAGGAGGCAGGUUUGGCCGAGACGGGCCGUGUGCUCUCAGUCGGUGACGGUAUCGCGCGUGUCCAUGGCAUGAACAAUGUGCAGGCCGAGGAGCUCGUCGAGUUCGCGUCUGGCGUCAAGGGCAUGUGCAUGAACCUCGAAGCCGGCCAGGUCGGUGUCGUGCUCUUCGGUUCCGACAGGUUGGUCAAGGAGGGAGAGACCGUCAAGCGUACCGGCGAGAUCGUCGACGUUCCGGUUGGCGCAGCUAUGCUGGGACGUGUCGUCGACGCCCUCGGCAACCCCAUUGACGGCAAGGGCCCGAUCAAGACCACCGAGAAGCGCCGCGCCCAGAUGAAGGCUCCUGGUAUCCUGCCCCGCCGCUCCGUCAACCAGCCCGUGCAGACUGGUCUCAAGUCCGUCGACGCCAUGGUGCCCAUUGGACGUGGCCAGCGUGAGCUUAUCAUCGGCGAUCGUCAGACCGGCAAGACUGCCGUCGCCCUCGACGCCAUGCUCAACCAGGGCAGGUGGAACAAGGGCAACGACGAGUCGCAGAAGCUCUACAUCAUCUACGUCGCCGUCGGACAGAAGCGAUCGACCGUCGCCCAGCUUGUCAAGACCCUCGAGGAGAACGACGCCAUGAAGUACACCGUCAUCGUCGCCGCCACUGCCUCCGAGGCUGCACCGCUUCAGUACAUCGCUCCGUUCACCGGUUGCUCGAUGGGUGAGUAG